AUGAGUCCCAACAUUAAAUCUAAGCCACACCCAAACCCUAACCAUAAAUCUAAACCUAGUCCUAUACCCAACAGUAAUGCUAACCCAAACCAAACUCGAAGCCUAAACCUAGUCUUCACAUUUACCCUAACCCUAAUCCUAAAUGUAAUGCUAAUUCUGAGCAUAACACUACCACUAAACCUAAACCUAAAGCUAAUCAUAAACCUAAAUUUAACUUUAUAUGCAACACUAACCCCUACAACUGACCUUAACACUAUCCCCAAGCCUAAACAUCACCCUAACCAUAACGCUAAUUCCAAAGCUAAACCUAACCAUAAACUGCAACCUAAUCCUAAAAUUAAAUAUAACACUAACCCUAUCCCAAGCCCUGCCCCUAAACCUAACCCCAAUACUAACCAUUACCCUAAGCCAAACCUCAAACCUAACUGUAACCCUAACCCACACCCUAAGGCUAACCCUAAUCCUUGA